GGCAGCACCUCAUCACUGCCAUUGCAGAACAGAUGUUUGGAUUCAAGACAACUUCAUGGGAGCUGGGUCGUCAGCGAAGUGUCAUUGAACUGGACACCCCCUCCAUGACAGCAGAGCAAAUUGAGACCCUGGAGAGGAGUGUGAAUGAGAAAAUCCGGGAGAGGGUACCUGUGAUGGUGCGGGAACUGGCUGCAGAUGACCCUGAGAUUGAAACAGUGAGGAGCCGUGGUUUGCCCGAUGACCACGCAGGGCCAGUGCGAGUUGUUGACAUCGAAGGCAUAGACUCCAACAUGUGCUGUGGGACUCAUGUCUCCAACCUGAGUGACUUGCAGGUUAUUAAACUCCUUGGCACAGAAAAAGGGAAAAAGAACAAAACCAACUUGGUUUUCCUGGCAGGAAACAGAGUGCUGAAGUCAAUCAAACAGAGUCACAGCACUGAGAAGGCUCUGACCUCACUGCUCAAAAAUGGACCGGGUGAGCAUGUGGAGGCUGUGAAGAGACUGCAGAGUUCUGUGAAACUGCUUCAGAAGAAUAACUUGAACCUGCUUAGAGACAUCGCUGUGUUGAUAGCCCGGGACUUCAAGAGCAAACCCGCUCAGAGUCAGCUGUUUGUGUUACACAGGAAAGAAGGUGACUCGGAAUUUAUGAAUAUCAUCGCUAAUGAGAUUGGGACAGAGGAAACCCUGCUGUUCCUGACUGUGGGAGAUGAAAAAGAAGCAGGACUCUUUCUUCUAGCUGGACCUGUUGAAGCAGUUGAGAACUUAGGUCCCAGGGUGGCAGAGCUGUUGGGAGGCAAAGGAGCUGGGAAGCGAGGCCGCUUUCAGGGCAAGGCAACCCAGAUGAGUCGGCGAGGAGAAGUGCAAGCUCUGCUCCAGGAAUUCAUCAGCCGCCAAAGCCCUGAAGCGUAACAAACAAUUCUCAAAGUAGGGUUGUCCUCCUUGCUUUGCAUAAGCUCCACCAACUUCUCUCCCAGAGAAUAAAGACAUAAAAA